UCUGAGCUCGCGGCGCUCGGGCCGGUUGUGACGUCAGACGCGCCCAGGCUCCUCACUCGCUCCUUGGCAGGUGCGGCGCGACUUGUGCGGUCUCGUCUGAUCCCAGCGGGUCCGGGCCGAACCAGUGCCUAGCAGGUUCGAAGAGAAGAGAGGUGUACUCAGCAGGUCCCUGAUGAACCAAGGGAACCCUCCACCGUAUCCAGGGCCCGGUCCGACGGCUCCGUACCCACCUUAUCCACAGCAACCGAUGGGGCCUGAGGUCUACCCUCCAGGACCUGUGGGGGGACCCUACCCACCUCCUCAGGGGUACCCCUACCAAGGAUACCCACAGUACGGCUGGCAGGGCGGACCUCAGGAGCCUCCUAAAAGCACAGUGUACGUGUUGGAGCAGGAAAGGAAGACGGACGACACCGGGUGUCUGGCGGCCCUGGCCGCGUGCUGGGCUGCUCUCUGCUGCUGCUGCCUCCUGGACAACUUGGACUGAGCAGCCGAGACCCAAGUCCUCCCUGCAGGCCUGCUACCUUCUGUUACUGGAAUAAACAACUA